CAGACACGGACCCCGCAGGUUCACACAAGCCUCCCUGGCUGCUACCCCUCAACCCACCCUUCAAGAAGACUAAAGCUGCUGGAUCACCUGCUUUGCCUCACCACCCCCAUCUCAGUGCCACUGGCAAGCAUCCUAUCCUCACCCUGGAGGUUAACUACCUCAUUCUGGGCAGUCUCUGGCUUCCUCCCCUACCCCUAAAGGAAACAUUGUUCUUUUCUGGUCAGCCUUUGGGGAUAAGGGGACAGAGGGAAGAAGACCUUGGGGCAGGAGUCCUGAACCAUAGGAGGCCAGGGGAGUGAGGGCAGGCAGUUAUAUCUCUCCUCUACCUCAUCCUUGCCACAGCCAACUGGCUCCCUGCCCCUGCCCCCGCCCCUUGACAUCCCAGACUCCCUGCCUAUUUAAACAGAGAUGGGUGCCCCCAUCCGCACACUGUCCUUUGGCCACCGGACAUCAUGCCUCCCAAGAAGGAUGUUCCCGUGAAGAAACCAGCAGGGCCCUCCAUCUCCAAACCUGCUGCUAAGCCAGCAGCAGCAGGGGCUCCUCCAGCCAAGACCAAAGCUGAGCCAGCUGUCCCCCAGGCCCCUCAGAAAACCCAGGAGCCUCCAGUCGAUCUCUCCAAAGUGGUGAUCGAGUUUAACAAGGACCAGCUGGAGGAGUUCAAGGAGGCCUUCGAGCUGUUUGACCGAGUGGGGGAUGGCAAGAUCCUGUACAGCCAGUGUGGGGACGUGAUGAGGGCCCUGGGCCAGAACCCCACCAACGCCGAGGUGCUCAAGGUCCUGGGGAACCCCAAGAGUGAUGAGCUGAAGUCCCGGCGUGUGGACUUUGAGACUUUCCUGCCUAUGCUCCAGGCAGUGGCCAAGAACCGAGGCCAAGGCACAUAUGAGGACUACUUGGAGGGGCUUCGUGUGUUUGACAAGGAGGGGAACGGCAAAGUCAUGGGAGCAGAGCUCAGACAUGUUCUCACCACCCUUGGAGAGAAGAUGACUGAGGAGGAGGUGGAGACCGUUCUGGCAGGACACGAGGACAGCAACGGCUGCAUCAACUACGAGGCCUUCUUGAAACACAUCCUAAGCGUCUGAGUGCUGCAGAUCCAGUGGGGUCCGGACACUGGCCCCCGCAGGCGAAAGCACGUUCCAGCCACCAGGAGGCCACCUAUUGUUUCAAAAUAAAGACUGGGUUCCUCUCUUGGUUUCA